CUUAUCUUCUCUCCUGCUGCCUCCCAUCAAUACAACUAACUCGGCAAUUAGGGCGCGUACGACGAAACACAGCGCAAGAGCAUGGGGGCGGCAUUUUCCCGAUCCAAGCGCAGAUGGGCGGAUCUGGAUUACUCCGAUGACGACGACCUGGUUGAGGACCGUGGGGUUAUUUCUGAAUCUACCGACCAGCUCGCUGAACAUGACGACGAUGACGAGGAUGAUGAUGAGGAGGAAGAUGGUGGGGCUGGUAGUGGUCGUCCGGCUCUGAGGCGAGCUAGAAUCCGGCAGUCCAAACUGUCCUUUUCCUUCCGGCCCACCUCCCAUACAAGAACUCGGACCAGCUCAAGAGUGGCCUCCACCGGGGUUGGAGAUGACCAGCUCAUGGAGGACUCGGACGGUGUCCACGGUGGCUCCCGCAGUCUGAGAUCCCGCCGCCAGAAUGCUCCAUCCAGCAUCAGCCAACAUGACGAUGAUCUGGACGAGUUGGCUCAGGACCCCGAGGAUGAUGAUGACAGCGACGGUUACCCUCCACUUGUGAGAUCCGAUCUCCAACCUCAGAAGAUGAAGAGGCGGAGGAAGAAGCGCUCUGGAUGGAUGAAGAGGGCUUCAGGCAACGUGGCUGAUUCCCGGGAUGAUUCAAUUGGCUAUGAGCCUCCUCGACGUUCUGGACGAUCAAACAAGAACAUGAGCAACAUGAGAGAGCUGGGCAUGGGAGAUGAUGAGAGCUUCAUCCAGGAUGAGGAGAAGGCACCAGCAGCCCCAAAGAUAUCGAGUGUGAAGGAAGUCUUCCAACCCCUCAUGCCGGAAGAGACGGCGUUCAAGGACACGCACAGCCAAAUUUGCGAUACGUGCAACAGCAACGCCAACGGUACCGCCUCGAACAGGGGGCCACUCAUUUAUUGCCAAGGGUGUUCCAACUCAUACCACAAGGGGUGCCUCGGUCAGCGAGCCAUGCGGGAUCAUCUCGUCACCAAGAUUGGCCCGGAAUAUUUCGUCUUGCAAUGUCGCUUCUGCAUCGGGGUCUACCAGAAGAAGGACAGCCUGGCCCCCGACCAUGCCCUUUGCCAGACCUGUCAUGAGAAGGGCGCUUCGUGCAUGCCCUUCUCAGUCAAGAAAACCUCCAAGCAGGAAGAGCAGCUCCGCCUAAACAAUGGCGGCGAGGACCCCAUCACCCCCGUCGACCGCCAAGUUAUCAACAACCAUAAGAACGUGCUCUUCCGCUGCACUAAUUGCCGCCGGGGAUACCAUAUCGAGCACCUUCCCAAGCCCGAUUCGCAGGACUUCAUGGUCGACGGCAACGACUGCGAGAAGCUCCGCACCAUGCUUCUCCAGGAAUACUCGAUCGAGUGGAAAUGCAAGGAAUGCAUUGAGAUCCCGGCCAAGGUCCAAUCAUUGGUCGCGUGGCGGCCAAAGGACCGUGACAGCUAUCGGACUGGCCAGACCUUUGCGGAUUUCAACCAGGAUGCCAUCGAGUAUCUGGUCAAGUACGACGGGCUCUCUUACGUCCACUGUGCCUGGCAGCCUGGCAGCUGGGCCUGGGGUGCGACCCGCGGGUCGAUGCGCCACUCGUUCGCAAGACGCAACGAAGGCGAGAACAUGCUUCCCAGGUUCGACGAGAAAGAUGCCAUCCCCGAGGAAUACCUCGUGCCAGACGUCAUCCUUGCCGUGACCUACGCCGAUUACCGGCCUUCUACCAAAGUAAAUGAUCGGGCUAACGUGCACAAGGUCCGGAAGAUCUACGUCAAGUUUCUCGGCCUCGGCUAUGAUGCCGUCGUUUGGGAUGCCCCGCCCAAAGCCAGCUCGGGGUAUCUCUACGAAGCCUUCCUCGGCGCCUACGACGAGUACUUGACCGGCAAGUAUUUCCGAGACGACGCACCACUGAAGAUGAGAGAGCGUCUCAAGGAGUUCCGCCGCCUGCAUUUCGAAACCGGUGUCGAGUACAAAGCCCAGCCAGCCUGCCUUCAGGGCGGGUCGCUCAUGGGAUACCAGGUCGAGGGUCUCAACUGGCUUCUUUACAACUUCCACCUCCAGCGCAACGCCAUCCUUGCUGACGAGAUGGGCCUGGGCAAGACGGUGCAGAUUGUCUCCCUCCUCGUCAGCCUGGUGCAGGAACAGCCAAAGGUCUGGCCUUUCCUGGUUGUCGUCCCGAAUGCAACAUGCGCCAACUGGCGCCGCGAGCUCAAGAAAUGGGCGCCAGAGCUUCGCGUGGUCACCUACUACGGUGGCAAGGUGCCGCAGACUCUUUCUUACCAGUUCGAGCUGUUCCCGGAUAAUACCAGCAAGAUGAAGGCACAUGUCGUCGUCAUGUCGUACGACUCGGCUCAGGAUGAUCAGACCAGAACGCUCUUCAAGUCGGUGCAGUGGCAGGGCCUCAUUGUGGACGAGGGUCAGCGGCUCAAGAAUGAAGAUAAUCUUCUAUACGGCGCCCUCCGACUGAUGAACAUUCCCUUCAGAGUCCUCCUUACCGGAACUCCCUUGCAGAACAACAAGCGGGAGCUCUUCAAUCUGCUGCAGUUUGUCGACUCGAGCAGGAACGCUAGGCUACUCGAUGAAGAGUACCAAGAGCUCACUGCGGAGAACAUACCGAAGCUCCACAACCUGAUCCGGCCGUAUUUCCUGAGGAGGACCAAGGCUGCGACGUUGAAGUUCCUACCUCCCAUUACCCGGGUCAUCGUGCCGGUGACAAUGUCGGUGCUGCAGGAGAAGCUGUGCAAGUCCAUCAUCUCCAAGAACAGCCAGUUGAUCAGUGCCAUCCUGGCCAAGGGCAAGACAAAGGUGACGGAGCGGGGCAGCCUGAACAACAUCCUCAUGCAGCUCCGCAAGUGUCUCUGCCACCCUUUCCUCUACAGCGAGGCGGUCGAGCACAGGGUGGAUGACGCACAGACCGAGUUUGCCAACCUGGUCGAGGCAUCCUCGAAACUGCUCCUCCUGAGCAUCAUGCUUCCGAAGCUGAAGGAACGAGGCCACCGUGUGCUCAUGUUCAGCCAGUUUCUGGGCCAGCUCACCAUCAUGGAAGACUUCUUGACCGGCCUCGGCAUGGUCUUCUCGCGCCUCGAUGGGAACAUGUCCAGCCUGGAGAAGCAACGACGCAUCGAUGCCUUCAACGCCCCCGAUUCCCCGCUCUUUGCCAUGCUGCUGUCCACCCGCGCUGGUGGAGUCGGCAUUAACCUGGCGACGGCAGACACGGUCAUCAUCCUAGACCCGGAUUUCAACCCACACCAGGACUUGCAGGCAGUCUCGCGCUCUCAUCGUAUCGGCCAGAAGAAUAAGGUUCUCUGCUUUCAGCUGAUGACCAAGGACAGCGUCGAGGAGAAAAUCAUGGAGAUCGGCCGCAAAAAGAUGGCCUUAGACCACGCCCUGAUCGAGAGCAUGGACGAGAAAGAGGGCGAGGCGGGCAACGACCUCGAGUCGAUCCUGAAGCACGGAGCCGGAGCCCUGUUUAGCAAUGAUAAAAGGGACAGGAUCAACUAUGACUCGGCCUCGGUUGACAAGCUCCUAGACAGGUCGGAUAAGCAGCGCGCUGAAGAGGUCGAGACCCAGGGUGAGACUCGGUCUGCCGAGUCGGCCUUCUCAUUUGCCCGCGUAUGGGCCAACGACGAGGGCAUGAUCACCGAGAAGGUCGAUGACGUACCGGAGCCCGCCAUUAACCAGGGCGUCUGGGAGAGCAUCCUCAAGGAGCGAGAGGAGGAGGCACGUCGCGAGGCUGAGGCUAACAAGGAAAUCCUCGGUCGGGGAGGCCGUCGGCGCAAGGCUGUGAAGUACGGGCCCCGCGAGAUAUUCGGCCCCGACGAGGGGCCCGCUGUCGAUGACGAGCUGUCGGCGGUCGACGAUGACUUCGUCAAUGCGGGCUCUGGCGGGGAGAGCGAAGGAGAGUCCAGCGACGACGGGGCGAGGUCGCGUGCCGGCGAUUCGGCCGUUAGCGGACCCCGCUCGAGGAAAUCCCAGAGCAUGGGUCCUCCAGAGACCGAAGUCGAGCGGCAAGUCGGGCAGCCAGUCGGGCAGCCAGUCGAGUGGCCGGCCAAGAGGCGUCGUCGCAAACAAGACGUCGACUCCGAAGAAGGCCAAGGCAAGCCGAGGACGACGGCUCCCAAGCCCACAGUCAAGCCAGCCCAUGCUGCCCACCCCAGUCCUAACCCCAUCAUCCAGCGAGAUCCCCGAACAGUCGCAGUCCCAUCGCAGCAGCGAGGUAUGCAGCCAGGAGGGGUAUGGCUCCCAGCAAGAGGAAUGCCGAUGAUUUGGGAAGGGAUUCCCGCCCUCCGGCCCCUGCCCGCAAUGCAUCAGGCCUCCGUUCUCUCAAGCGGACCUGCUCCCCCUGCGGUUCUGGCGAGACAGGGCAUCGCUAAUAAUCUAGUUUUGGAACCCUGCAUUGUUUGCAACGUCGUGCAUCCCCCUUACUAUUCGUGCCCGGCGUUGGCCUCACACGUCUGUUUGAGAUUGGCACUCGAUGCUCUCAAGCCAGAGUCAGGCAAUGGAGGAGAGGCUCUUGCCAUCAGGAGGGCCCGUUUGCUCACCCAACUUCGGAAGGUAACCAUGCAGGGCGGUCAACAAAGGAUGCACUGAAUCAGUGGCAUAUCGCGUAUUUCAGACGUGCAGCAGCCAGGCAGCGGCUGGCUUGGAGCACUUCCCCUACAACACGUUUGCGAUGACCAGAAGGGUCAUGCAUGCAUUUAUCAUUAUUUUUGUCAUCCCAUAUCGGCAUUCUGCUGCGGAGGGCAUGGCGUUGAUUUGAGUGGCCGUGGAUUUUGCCCCAAAGGGAGCAGGGGGCCGGAGCAAGCACCCUUCUUUCUUCUCUUGCCUUCUUCUUCUCUUCCCUUUUGCAUUUCCAUUUUGCAUUUUGGCAAGCAGGCUGGCAUUGCCGCUGCCUCCCAGGGACAGGAAAAUCUCGGUAGACUUUCGAGCUAGGUUUGGUAGACCAGGAAUGGCUCCCCCAACAAGCAAGCCCCUAUGGACAUGUUAGAGUAUCUAAUUUUGCAUUGGCCAUCCAUCUCCGACUCUUGAUGGCCAGAAUAACGAAUAAGACUCCCCUGA